AUAAGCAUUUGAUUCCUUUUCAGUUUUCACCAACCGAGCCUUCGCGAUUUACUCUGCAACGACCACAAUCACCUUCACUAAUUCUCCAGGAUCGAUCGCUACAAUGGACUCUCACUCUUCUCACCUCAACGCAGCAAAUCGUUCUCGCAGCUCUCAAACUCCAUCUCCUUCCCACUCCGCCUCCGUCUCUUCAUCCCUCCACAAACGCAAACUCGCCGCGUCUGAGGAUCACGCUCCUCCCUCCUCCAACGACGACCUCGAGAGCAUCUCCGCGGCGCGCGGAGCCGAUUCCGGCUCAGACCCCGAUGAAUCAGAAGACGCCGUCCACGACGGCUACGAGGAAGACUUCGCUCCCGAACCGGAUCAGGACUCUUCGAUCCGCACAUUCACCGCCGCGAGACUCGAUCCUAUCUCAGGAGUCAACGGUUCGAGUCGCAACGCUAAGAUUAAGACUGAGGAGAUCUCAACGGUGGAGCUUGAGGCUGGGACUGGGACAGCUGGCGCGAUUGUGCCGAAGGAUGAGUCUGCUAAGAUUUUGACCUGCGGGGCUUACAUUGCGAGAGAAGAGGCUUUGAGGAUAGAGGAAGAUGCUGGGCGGCUCAAAUUUGUCUGUUACUCUAAUGAUGGCGUUGAUGACCAUAUGAUGUGUUUGAUUGGUUUGAAGAACAUAUUUGCAAGACAGCUGCCUAAUAUGCCAAAGGAGUACAUUGUUCGCCUUCUCAUGGAUAGGAAACAUAAGUCUGUCAUGGUCCUAAGAAACAAUGAGGUUGAAGGUGGCAUCCCUCUUGUUGUAGGUGGUAUCACGUAUCGUCCAUAUCACAGGCAGAGGUUUGGAGAAAUAGCUUUUUGUGCAAUCAGCGCAGAUGAACAAGUUAAAGGCUACGGUACCAGAUUGAUGAACCACUUGAAAGAACAUGCACGAGAUGUUGAUGGAUUGACGCAUUUUCUUACUUAUGCUGACAACAAUGCUGUUGGUUAUUUUGUCAAGCAGAGUUUUACUAAAGAGAUUUACUUGGAGAAAGAUGUAUGGCAUGGGUACAUCAAAGACUAUGAUGGUGUCCUACUUAUGGAAUGCAGAAUUGAUCCAAAGCUUAAAUAUACAAAUUUGGCAAGCAUGAUUAGCCAGCAGAGACAAGCAAUUGAUGAAAUGAUAAGAGAGUUAUCAAACUGUCAGAAUGUGUAUCAAGUUGCUGAAUUUCAAAAGAAAGAAGGUGGAAGUUCUAAAAAUAUCAGAGUUGAGGAUAUUCCUGGCUUAAGGGACGCAGGCUGGACCUCAGAUCAGUGGGGGCACACGCGUUACAAAUUGUUCAGUGGUUCUGGAGAUAGUGUAACAAAGCAAAAGCAGUUGAACGCACUUAUUCGCGGGCUUUUGAAGACAAUGCAAGACCACACUGAUGCUUGGCCUUUUAUAGAACCAGUUGAUUCUGUCGAUGUCCCUGAUUACUACAAAAUCAUUAAAGAUCCCAUUGAUCUGAAGACAAUUGGGAAGAGUGUAGAGUCCGAGCAGUACUACGUUACACUUGACAUGUUUGUGGCUGAUGCGAGAAGGAUGUUUAACAAUUGUAGAACUUACAACUCCCCAGAUACCGUGUACUACAGAUGUGCAACCAAGUUGCAAGCACAUUUCUUUAGCAAAGUACAAGCAGCUCUCCAGUCUGGUGCUAAACCUCAAUAGAAGAUGGUGAAGUGAUAUUAUGCUAAGAUACUCUCGUCGGCACUGAAAUAUUUAUUUCAAAAACUAAAGUAUAUUUUAUUAUUUAUUAUGUUGACUUGAGCGUGGAUUGUGUAUAUGUAUAUGUAAUAUAUUUGCAAACGAAUAUAUGUUUUUUCUGUUGAUGGUUAAUUAUGCUAUUACCGAGAAAUAUUACAAGAUA